AUGAGGUUCACUGCCUUGUUCACUCUGGGUCUGGCCACCAGCGCUCUGGCCACCCCUGCUGUCGUCCAGCGCGAUUCCACCGGCGUCACAAAUGUCCUCUCCGAAGUCGGCAAGGGUGUCGAUGCUCUUGGGUCCGCCGCCGACGGCUACAACGGCGGUGACCCCUCCAAGGUCGAGUCUGCCUCCGAGGACCUGAUCGCCACCAUCAAGAAGGGUGUCUCCACCGUCGAGGGCGGUGGCGACCUCACCUCCAGCGAUGCUCUCGCCCUUACCAGCCCCGUCAAGGACCUGACCUCCAAGGUCCAGGACACCGUUGACAAGAUCAUCGCCAAGAAGUCCAAGUUCGAGGCCGCCGGUGCCGCCACCAAGGUCAAGGAGUCCCUCAACGCCCAGUACAAGGCCGCCGACAGCCUCUCCUCCGCCAUCUCCAAGAAGGUCCCCGAGGCCCUUUCCGACCUCGCCAAGGAGCUCUCCGCCGGUAUUACCAAGGCCAUCCAGAAGGGUAUUGAUGCCUACAAGGAUGCCAAGGACUCCAACCCCGGUAAGGAGACUGCAACUGCCACCAAGACCGGCGACUCCGAGCCCACCGGUGGUGCUGGCAAGACUACUUCCACUCCCACCAUCCCCAAGCCUACCUCCUCUGGUCCUGGUAGCUCUUCUGCUACUCCCUCUCCCACCGGCGGCUCUGGCAGCGGUGGCUCUGGCUCCGGCUCUCAGCCUCCUCUUCACACCGGCGCUGCCAACAUCAACCGCUUCAGCUACACCCUUGGUGGUGCUGUUGCCGCUGCUGCUGUCGCUGUUGCCUUCUAA